UCUACUUUAUAGUCGAAUAAUUAUUGUCCUUUUGUUUUUAAUUGUGACCAUGAGUUCAAUGAAUCUAUUUAAUAAUUUGUUUUCCCUUACAGAGACUUGAAUAAAUUACAAACAUAAAAUGGAUGAAAAGAGAGUUGCUGACUACUUUGUAGUUGCAGGGAUGACAAAGAAUCCUAAACUUUUACAAGACAACAUAUUUAGUGACUCAUCACAUUUGAGAACAGCGGCAAUUACAGAACCGAUAACUGAUAUUGGUGUGUUCUUUCCCUCAUUAGAAGAAAAGAUUCCUGAGAAUUAUGAAAUUCUUCGAUUUACACCUUCGGGACUUGAUGCCGAUUUAAAUUUUGGAUCAGUAAGAACCACUGCCUGUUUUAUAUAUUUUAGGAGAGGUCGAGACAAGCCUCCUUUGGUUGAUAUAGGUGUCAUGUACGAUGGUCUUGAACGAAUAAUGCCUGAUGCUGAAAUUGUUUCAAAAACACCUGGCGACCGAGUUGCGAAUGUUAACAACUCUUCAUCGAAAAUCUUCAUCACAUACCGUCGCGCUAAACCUAAUGCACCGUGUAAUGAUCUCGUAGUAACGGACUUAUGCGUUCUCAUUCCCGGGAAAGGAGAAAAAGUUCCUCAUGCCUUCUGUCAGAUUCACAAAACAUUGAAUAAAGGGAUGAUGGGAAAUGACGUCUAUUUAUGUUACAAAAAAUCGAUGAAUCGUCCAAAGUGUAUUAGUUACCAACCGGAGAUACUUCAUCGCUAUCCAACCGUUGAUCAUUAUGAUUUCUCACUUAAUUCAUGCUCAAGUGUCCCUUUAUUUUGCUUACCUAUGGGAACAACAUUGGAAGCUUGGCCUCACGUUUUUGAUGGUGACGUAAGGAAAAAAAGAGAGGCAACUGCUCCUAUUUUUAGUACGUUUGUGUUAACAGCAAAUGAUGGAACUUACAAAGUUUAUGGGUCAGCUAUAACUUUCUACGAGAACUUUAACGAACUUUAUUUAACAGAACAACAAAAAGAGUUUUUUGAAUGGAACAAUCCCGAAAUAUGUAACUCAUAUUCACUUCACGUUAACAAGUCGAUUUGUAUUUUAUCAAAUUAUCCAUUUGGAGAUUCUUUCGAGAAAUGGUUAACGUUUGUUCAUAUGAUGGCAUCAAGCAAUAUGCCUAUAUCAAUUCCUAUUGAAAGAUACAUAAUUCAUCUACUUGAUGAAGUGCCUUUUCCUGCUCCAAGCAUUCUUCUACAAAUGUCUUUAACAAGUUCCACUAGAAUAUUACUGACUCAGCCGGAAGAUUCACCUUUGCCACGAAGUGGAGCUGGAUUUCGCCAAUUAUUAUCCAAUUUAGGACCCGAGAAUUGUCUUCAUGUGUUACUUUUAGUAUUGACUGAACAAAAAAUUUUAAUUCAUUCUCUUCGGCCGUCAACAUUAACAGCAGUAGCUGAAGCAGUGUCAACAAUGUUGUUCCCUUUUAAAUGGCAAUGUCCCUAUAUUCCCCUCUGUCCACUUGGUUUAGCGGAAGUUCUACAUGCUCCCGUACCUUAUUUGAUUGGUGUUGACUCUCGUUUUUUUGAAAUGUAUGAGCCUCCGAAUGAUGUCACAUGUUUUGAUUUAGACACCAAUAAUAUAACAUUAUGUGAGUCACAAAAACAUUUGACCACAAAGCUCUUGCCUAAAAGAGCUGCAAGAAUCCUGAAAUUAUUUCUUAAAAAGUUAGAAGAUGAAAUGCUUGAGAAUAAUAGUUCAGAACAAACCAAUAGUCUUGAUCGUGAUAUCAAGAGGAAAAAACGUGAUCAACACUUUGAACAAAGAAUUCAAGAAACUUUCCUUCGAUUCAUGUCAUCCAUAUUGCGAGGAUAUAAGGAUUAUCUUGUUCCAAUAUCAAAGGCACCUACAAUUGGUGCAACAGAUCCAACAGCAUUGUUUCAAAUGAAUGCAUUCCUUAGAUCACGGGACAAGGCUUAUCAUAAGUUUUAUCAUCUGUUAAUGAAAACACAAAUGUUCAUAAGAUUUAUCGAAGAAAGAUCUUUCUUGUCAGAUGGUGAUAAUAAUUUGACUUUCUUUGAUGAAUGUACUGAACGUGUUUCUGCAUAUGACGACGAUUCCGUGGAAAUUAGAUUCGUCGAAUAUGAUCCUGGUCAUUACAGUGAAAGAACGAAAUUUAUUUUGCCUCCAGAAUUUGAUGGAGUAUCUGAAAAAACUUACAAAUACACAAGUUUCGAGCUUGAUCCAAUGCGUUUUCAACAAAAGAGAAAAACACUGACAUCAAAUAUUACACAACAAUCAACUUUAGCCCCGAGUUCUCCAAUAUCACGAAGAACAAAGCAUGAAAUAAAGUCAGCGCAAAAGAUUGCCAGAAAAUAUCAGAACAAUCCGGAGGAAUGGGCCAAAUAUUUGCUUGGAACUUGCUAUUCAUUAUAUUUCAUCAUUUUACCAAGUAUCGUAAGUGACAGUUCAGAACAAAAACGAGAACAUGAAACUAUUCGAAACGCGUAUAAUCUACUAGCUAAAGCAACAAAACUUAAAAUUCAUGUUGAUGAAGUAUGCUUUCGAAUCAUGAUGCAACUAUGUGGAUUGUAUAAUUUACCUAUACUGGCAGUUCGACUCCAUUAUUUGAUGAAAAGAUCGGGGAUUCAACCGAAUGCUCUGACUUAUGGCUUUUAUAAUCGCUGUGUACUGGAAUCUGAAUGGCCUCAAGAAACCACGAUUUCUAGUCAGCUUCGAUGGAGUCGUUUAAGAAAUUUAGUUUUUGGUGCUGCUCAUUUUAAACAAGCUGGAAAAGAGUUUGCUUCUAAGAGAAAUAUUUUAACUUCUCAAGAAUAUAACACAAAUAUGAUGGAAAGUGUCGAUGGAACAUCACAAACAAGUUUGUGUUCGCGAAAUUUCGGAGACGAAAAUCAAAACGUCAUCAAUUCGAGCUUAAACUUUGCAGCCUUUGAUAGAAUAAGAAAUCGUUUAGGAUCAAUAGUGAAAAAUUCAGACAACCAAAAUAUAUCGACAACUUUAACAAGCGCUGGGAUUUUGAUUUCUUCAGGAGAAGGGAAUGUUAAUGUCUCAUCGAUAAAUCAAAAAAAUUACAAUCAAGAUUUUAACUCUCAAAUCAUUUCUCAACAAUCAGAAAGCUUUGCUGGAGAUGCAAAAUUCAUUGAUAAACUACAAAAACUUCAUAGUAGGUCUAAAAUGAAAUGCCGAAAGCCGUUAUCAUUUAAAGAAUCAGAAAUAGCAACAAGCACUAAUAACAACAACGAGAAAAGUAAAACAUCGAAAGAGGAAAAAUCAGAAAAAAAUGAAAAAAGCAUUCCACAGCCACCUAAUGCAAAAAUUUUAUCCCGAACUGUUGUUCUUGAAAACGAUCCAUUAGGUGCUUUGUUAGAUACAGAUCAAGAUGAAACUGUUGACAUUAAAAAAUCAACACCCAUGACGAGUGAACAAAUAGAAAAGGCUCGUAUUCAAAAGGCGAUGUAUUCCGAUCAACCGAUACUUUUUAAAGGACAUCGGAGUGCAACAUUUGAGAAUGCGUCCAAUCUUAAUAAAGGAAUUCAUAGAUCGGAAACAAUGCCAACGCAGUCAUUCACAUCAAGUAUCAGUAACUUUGGAUCAUCCUUAAAAUUUGGUUUUAGUCCUGGUUUAAGUGGCAAGAAGUCGAAUGAAAUCUUUCAAGGUGGAAUAAGCAGUAUAAAAAGUGCAGCAACAACCGUUGCAAAAAAAUUUGACGAAAUUAAACAUUCAAUUUCAAACAAUAACCCUGAGACAAAUGGAGCUACAUCAAAUAGUUCAAUUUUUGAGCCUAAUACACAUUUAAAUGUUUCAAACGAUGAUUUAUUGAAUGAUGAAAAGAAAAACGUUCGACAACGUAUUGGAAGUGAUCAGAACUUGUGGGGAUUAUUGAAUGAUUCAAGAAAAUCCAGCUUCAAUAAUUUAUCGCGGUUAGGAAUAACAACAUCAACAAAUAGUUUAAACACGUACCCAACAAUACUACCGGAAACUAUUUAUGUACAGGAUGAGAAUGAUUCAUUCAGUAAAGAAUGUGAUAUAAAAAUUGAGAUAACAUCAUGUUGUCAAUGUCACAAUUGUUCAGUACUUAUGUAUGACGAAGAGGUGAUGGCAGGCUGGGUAGCUGAAGAUAGUAACUUAAACACAUUUUGUUAUGCUUGUGAAAAGCAAACUGUUCCUUGUCUCGAAGUUCGAAUUAUUACUGAUGAAACGCUGAAUAAGGUUUCAAAACUAACGGAAACCUUGAACAUUCCUUAUUUAAAUCCUUUGGUGCUCAGGAAAGAACUGGAAAGUAUUCUUGCGGAGGAAGGCGACAUAAGUGUAAAAGAAACAAAAUUUGUCGAUGAGCAUCCAAUUAUUUACUGGAACCUUUUAUGGUUUAUGGAAAGAAUUAGUGUUGCAACACAUCUUCCGAAUUUAAUAAUUCCAAAAUACAUGAAUAAUGAAACAGUUGAUCCAUUGAGCAAUUUGAAAACAGUUUCAAUUCAAUGUCUGUGGGACAAUCCAAGAAUUCAUCCAGAAUCAAUAUCUCUUUAUACAGUGUGGAAGGAAACUCAACCAUCUAGUCCUUUACUGAAAGCGCUAUUAACUGAUCAAACUUAUUUGAAUAGAAUAUCUCUUCAGCAAAUAGUUUCAUACAUUCGAUGCAAUGAUUUAAUGACACCUGUAAAAAGAUUAGCCAACGAACGGAAAAAGAUGAAAAAUCAUGAUAUUCAAAGGACCAACUCAAUAUAUCGCGAUGUUUUGUUCCUGGCAUUAGUAGCUAUAGGCAGAAGUAAUAUAGAUAUUCAAGCUUUUCAUCGAGAAUACGCAAAUGUAUUCGAGAAAUUGACGAUGAUAGAGAAGAAAGAAAAUAUUUAUCACAGUCAAGAUUUACCACCUACGUCAGCUGCAUUGUUCUGUAGAGCUUACUUUAAACCUUUGCUUUUGUUGCCUUGACCUAAAUUUCUAUUUAAUUUUAUGAACUUUAAAUAUUGUUAAUUAACAAGAUUUUUAUAUUUAUUAGCAAUCAAAUCGAAAUUUGAAUGAAAGUUCUUAUCGUUUACAAUGAAAAUAAUUUUGGAAAUGUAUCUAACCCCAUUAUGAAAUUCAAAACGGUUAAAACAAUUAAUAGAAUAUUUUCAAAUCCAAUAUCACUCAUUUUUGUCUAUGUACAUGUUUUGACAGAUAUGUAUUUAGUUUAUAUAUAUCCAAAACUUAUUAGAAAAUUGUUGGUACAUUGAAAAACCUUUGGACUAAAUCAUUUUUCACUCUUACUGUUAUUAUAAACGAAAGUAUAGUUAUCUUAGCACAGUUAUAAUAUUAAAAAAAAAAUAAUAAUAUCAUGCUUACACAAUUGCCUUUUUGAGCAUAUGAAAAUCAAUUAGAGAAUACGCGAAAUAUUCAAAAUUUUAAUGAUUUCUACAAAUAAUUAAACAUAUUGAAAAUGUCAGAAUAUAAUAAAUAAAUACGAAUAUGUAUAUUCAUAAAGAGAUUUUCCUUA